AUGUCACCGUCCCUAGACUACUCAUCAGCUCAACACGGCAUGGACCCUGAUGAUGUGCCAUUCGAAGGUCCAGUGCAAACUGAGGAGAAACUCAAAGCUUUGCCUGAAGACCAUCCCGACAAGGAGUGCCUUAUGGCUUUGGUAAAAAAGCUGCACCUUGUCUGCAACAAAGACCUGGACUACAUUGACGAGCUGCAGGAAGAGUGGAAUGCACUGAGCUGCGCUGUGACCAUGUCUGAAGCCGAGGAGAAGGAUCUCAAGCGGCAGAUCGGGCGCCUGAAGGAGCAGGUCAACAUGCAGGAGGGAGUCAUGCUAGAUCAGCAGGAUGACAUCAGCGGCCUUCGCGCUGAAAUCAGCAAGCUGACAGCGCGAAUUCAGGAGCUGGAGCUGCAGAUCAAGGCACUGAAGCAGCAGGGUACUGUGGAGAUUGCCAAGGAAAGUACAGAGCACAAAAACACAGAGCCUGCGGAUGCAGAGGACGCAGCGGUACCCUUCAGGGCAGAGGAGAAAUUAAAUGCGGCAGAAUGGUUGCCGCUUUUAUUUGUAAACGUGAUGACGCUGGUUUGA